AUGUUUUUAGCGGGCGCAUCACUGCUACAACCAGUGAGCGGCAGCGACCCCUAUGCAUUUGUGGAAUUUGCUGAUCAUUAUACGGCUGCGCAAGCACUCCAGGCAAUGAACAAACGAAUUCUUCUGGACAAGGAGAUGAAAGUGAAUUGGGCAACGGAACCGGGCUCGCAAGCAAAAGUUGAUACGAGCAAACAUUUCCAUAGCGGCAGCGACCCCUAUGCAUUUGUGGAAUUUGCUGAUCAUUAUACGGCUGCACAAGCGCUCCAGGCAAUGAACAAACGAAUUCUUCUGGACAAGGAGAUGAAAGUGAAUUGGGCAACGGAACCGGGCUCGCAAGCAAAAGUUGAUACGAGCAAGCAUUUCCAUGUGUUCGUUGGUGAUUUGUCGCCGGAAGUUGAUAAUAAGGCGUUAAAAGAUGCAUUUGCUCCAUUUGGCGAAGUUUCGUGGGAAUUUGCUUUGAGGAAAACGUAUCAGGAUUUUGAUUUUAUUGCUGUUCAGGAAGCGGAACGUGCAAUCGAGCAAAUGAAUGGACAGUGGCUGGGACGUCGAACAAUCCGUACAAACUGGGCAACACGUAAGCCAACUGGCACUGGUGCUGGGGAUGGACAAUAUGGACGUACCGAAUUGAAUUAUGAUGAUGUUUUCAACCAGACUGGCCCGGACAAUACCUCGGUCUACGUGGGCAGUGUUAACUCGAGCGCUAAUGAUGAAGAUCUGCGUGCAGCGUUUGACAAAUUUGGUCGUAUCCUGGAAGUGCGCAUUUUCAAAGCCCAGGGCUAUGCAUUUGUUCGUUUUGAUAAGAAGGAAUCGGCAUGCAAUGCAAUUUGCAAAAUGAAUGGUCAAGAAAUCUGCGGCCAAAAUAGUCACAAUCAACAGGCGAAUGCAUACAAUCAGGCGCAGGCAUAUGCCAAUUAUGGUGGUUAUGGAGCGUAUGGUUAUGGAAGUGGCGCACCAGGUGGACCGGGAGGCAGCGCGGCUGCGCAACAGCAGUACUGGAAUUAUUAUCAGCAGUAUUACAACAAUCCGCAACUCGUUCAGCAGCAAUGGCAGAAGUUGUUUUUAUAA